AAUUGUUGAACUGAUAAAGAAAACAAUUCUCUCAGCUUAACAUUGAUGAAUUUCGACGUAUAAAUAGUAAUAGAUUUAUUUUACUAUAAUGUACCUCCAUUGAUAAGUUUAUUUUUAAUUUAACGUCAUCACAUGUUAUGCAAAGUGAGACGUUCAUAGAACCUAGUGUUCGGUAAUGAUAGUUUUUCUGAAGCACGACAAAUGAAAUCGCAAUAGGAAUUCUGAAAUCAUUAAGACCCACGGGAAUGGGAAAUAGUAAUCGAAAAAAGUCAAUCUUGUGGAACACUACCUGAGACACAAAAUAUAAUAAAAAGACAUAUUUUGUUAUAAAUAGAGCUAAACGACAGGAUGCGUACAUACUACUAUUUCAUGGAACUGAGCCGAAUUAAUUAAGAACAUAGUUUUCCUCUUGCUUAAUAAUCUCAACGUUUGCAUUAGAUUCAUAUAUGAAACAUUUUUGGGUGUACAGAGUUUUUGAAGUACCAUAGCUAAUAAUCGGGUAUCAGUGUAUUAUGUGUUUUGAUAUGCAUUUAUUUUAUGAGGUUUGAAACUAAAAAGGUUUUCGUAUUGUACUAGAACGAGUUCAAUUAGACUAAUGUUUCGUGUGCAGACAGUAAAAAUGACUUCUCUAAAAUUUUCCUAUAGUUUGAAUCGAAACUGAUUUUAAUGCUCUAGUAUAAAAUUUGCUAACGAGGGAACCCCACCAACUGAUUAAAAGCUUUCUGACUCAUAUUUACAUCAUAAGUAGUGCUUAGUGAGACUAGAUGAAUCCUAAAAGGAUUUCCUUGAAUGGGCCUAUUUGGCUAAGAUAUGAACAUUUCAAGUUUAGGAAUGAAAAUGUAGAUAGAUUGAUCGUUGUGCAUGAAUUAUAAUGUUAAUGUGUCAAAAGAAAAAUUACUUUUCAAAAUACUUAUAGAUUGAAGUGUUUUACGCAUUUCUCCGAAAUCAUCCUGAGAGUGGUGUAGACAUGCCUGAAAUCUUUUUAUUCGCUGGUGUAAUAGAUAGAAAAGUUAAAACAAAUACUAAAAUCGUUAGGACAACUGAAACACGAGUUGUUAGCUGUUUGUACGUAAUAGUUUAGUGAGUGUGAUAACCAACGAAAAAAGGAUCAAAAUAUAGAUCUUUUCAACACCCACUACACGUGAUGAAAGGCGAUUGAUUGCAUGACUCUUCGCUACCAUCUUGGUGUUUCUUUUAUGUAGCAGCUAUAUCAUCAAAUAAACAUCAUAGCAUAAUUUUUUCAACAGCUCCACGAUUUAUCGAUGAGUAUUUCAACAAAAAAGUAUAUAUUGAUAUAUGUUAGCAUUGUAAUUUAUGGACAACAGACAAUCUCCCUACAUUUUCGUCCUUAAACUUGAAAUGUUCAUAUCUUAGCCAAAUAGGCCCAUUCAAGAAAAUCCUUUUAGGAUUCAUCUAGUCUCACUAAGCACUACUUAUGGUGUAAAUAUGAGUCAGAAAGCUUUUAAUCAGUUGGUGGGGUUCCCUCGUGAGUAGAUUGCAUAUCUUAUAAACAUUUUAAAAAAUCUAGGAACAUCUCUUUUUUUACUUGAGGUCAUUUUCGAGAAUUUUUUUGCUUCAAAUUAAUAAACUUGAUUAAAUAAAUAUCCGCUCAUAGACUCUUUUCAUAACUUCUAGAAUUUCUAGCGAGAAAAAAAUGAUAUUUUUUUUCGAUAUUAGAAAUUAUUUACUAUUAUAUUAUUAUGAUAAUAGUAGAUUCGAAUGUCAUUCAGAAAAUCAUCGAAAAACAAACUAAAUAUAUUUAUAUCAUGUAGGUUAAGAAAUUCUACGAAAGAAUUUGUAAGCUAUAUUAUAUCGAUUCGAUAUUAUUGUUCGUAUUUUCAUUAUUGCUUUAACAAAUAUGUUUAAGUAUGAUAAUAAUUUCUUUUCGUUACUAAGAAAACAGAUCUAAAAACAAUUUAGAAUUUGGAAAAAAUCAAAAAAAGUUUUUGAUAAAACUAUAACGAGUUUUCAUCAUUUUAUUGAAAGUCUUUUUAGUCUAAUAAAACUACUUAAUGUAUUCAGAUGAUAUUGUAUCACAAGUAUCAAACAUGGCUGAUGAAUGAUAGUUUAUGCUUAAUUGAAAAAAGGAUUGACUUUUAUAUAAAAAAAAAAGUCAUACAAUUAAAAGAGCGGCUUAGACACAAAUCAUAAUUAAUGUUUUACAGAGAUCGUUUUUCAACCUCUAUCAUGAAAAACUUAAAGUGCACACGACUUUAAGCAUCUUGAUAUUACAUUUCAUCAUUUUUUUUCUUCUUUCGAACAUUCUAUAUCAUACGAAAAUGAGCUGAAUAUCGCUGAAAGAAUCAUAAGAUUUCCUUUUCAAAUUCUAAUACUAAACUACAACAUAGAAAUCUCCUUAGAACUUCAGGUUAAGCAGUUUUCUCUUCCUCGACAUCGAAAGCAUUUCCUUACGAUGUGCUUUUUUUUAAAGACUACGUUACAGAAACACUGUCUCAUUUAUAGUACUUUCUCGUGUAUGAGAGACAAAAAUCUCUUCGAUAAUGACUAUCUCUUUUCUUUAUCGUUCAUUGUAGUAAUUCCUUAAUAUUCCGGAGAAGUUGUCCUGAGUACUGAUUAUGAUCGACAUUUGUCUACUAAGCAAAGAUGAACAACUACACUCUAUCUCUCUCCAACUCCACAUAACUCCAGUCCUAUUUUCUAAAAUCCUACUCCAACUUCAAUUUAACUUCAAUUCGAGUCGGAUUUUACAAAACUGAACUUCUGCCAAAACACUCUUAAAUACACAUAAGUUUUUGAACAUAAUUAAAUCUACGAUUGAUAUAAAUUAGUAGCAUAUUAUUUUAUUGCUUUAUAAACUUUCUCAUAAAAUUUAAAGAUAGGCACCUUCAAUCUGUCCUGUUCCUACUCCAUUUUCACUCUGAUGAGAAAAAGCAUCAACUUUGGAGUUGGAAUUGCCCAUCUCUGAUAUCAACCAUUUCAAAAUACUUACUCUUCAAAUCCUCCUGAACAUAUCCAUAACAUGCGAGCUUACAGAAGACUUCUCAGAACAAGUACUACAUAAGGAUUAUAACAUGAUCCUCAUAGAAGAUACUCAUUAUUUUUAGAUUUUCAGAUUUUGACAGAGUAUCUUAUUUAGUCAUCAAGAUUCCCUUCGAGGACCCUAAUACAAUGGUUUGAAGAUGGUGCUCAUCAAAAGUUAAAAAUAGCAUUUUAGAACACUUUCUUUCCAAAGCCCAUAAAAUCCAUAGAUCCCAAUGUUUGUCACUGGAGAACUCCGUUCGGAUUGACAUCCAUCUUUUCAGCAUUUGCAAAAGUAGAAGCCCUCUCAGAUUACAUAGAUUCGCGUGGAAUCCUCUCAACUUUGUUCAAUUUCGCCUGUAUCCAAACCUUCUCAUGAUCUUACUCAGAGUACAUCACGGUUGUUCUUCGAACAGCUUCACAUAACUUACCAAAAGCCUAUGCAAAUACUUAGGAGAUUCUUCAGCAGAUCUACAUUCAUCAUACAGAAAAUCAUGUAUCCUUAUGGUUUCCUAAGAAAUAUAGGGAUUAAGUUUGAUAUUUUGUUGUUCAACGAUUAGAUAUUCUUCUCAUAAGAUACAGAUAGAAUCUUCUCUGAUGUUCAUAUAAAUGAUCAUUCUGCCAAAAAGAUUCUGAAUUCUUGCAAUUCUGAAAAAAAUCCUCAGAUCCUUAUGUUUUUCUAUAAAAAACUUACAUGGACUUUGUAUUACUCUUUCUUUGAGAACCUCCUUACAACAAUCUCCAGGUGUUAUUUUUAUGAUCAAAAAGAUCUUAGCAAAAACUAGAAGUAACAUAGAUGUAAGGAUCGUUACCAAACCCUUUUUUUCUCAUAAGAAACUAGGAAAAGACUUCUGAAUUUUUAUCUGUGGAAUGAGCAUUCUCAAAGACGUAUGUCGUAUUUCUAGCGCUUGCUCCCACGAGAGACGAGAUCCCUUCGACAACGACGAUUUCUUUUUUUUUUGUUCAUUGUAGUAAUUCCCAUUAUUCCAGCCGAUGCCCGAUGGGCACAGAAUGGAGUGACUGUUGCUGGAGACCAUGGAGAGGGUAGUGACACCAAUCAACUCAACGGGCCUUCCGGAAUCUUCGUUGUUGAUGAUGAUCAAACGAUAGUCAUUGCUGACAUCGGCAAUAAUCGUAUCAUUCAAUGGAAGAUAGGUGAUACGAAUGGACAAGUAGUAGCUGGUGGCAAUGGCCAAGGAAAUCGAUUGGAUCAAUUGGAUCGACCAACUGAUGUAUUGAUCGACAAAGAGACGGAUAGUCUCAUUAUUUGUGAUUUGGAGAAUCGACGAGUCGUUCGAUGGUCUCGUCGUAGUGGGACAACUCAAGGAGAAAUCCUCAUCGACAACAUCGCUUGUGAAAGAUUGACCAUGGAUGAUCAGAGAUAUCUUUACAUCUCUGACUACGACAAACAUCAAGUAAAACGAUAUCAAAUAGGAGACAAGAAUGGAACUCUUGUGGCUGGUGGCAAUGCCAAAGGUACUGGUCUCAAUCAACUCAACGUGCCGACCUACAUCUUUGUCGAUCAACAACAGACUGUCUACGUGUCAGACAAAGACAAUAAUCGUGUAAUGAAAUGGAAUAAAGGUGCAAAAGAAGGAAUUGUCGUCGCUGGAGGUCAAGGCUACGGGAAUGCUCUGACACAAUUGUCGAAUCCUGAAGGACUAUUCGUCGAUACAUUGGGUACCAUCUAUGUGGCAGAUUAUGGCAAUUCUCGAGUGAUGCGUUGGCCUAAAGGAGCGAAACAGGGCACUGUCAUUGUGGGUGGAAAUGGUUACGGAGAAGGAGCAAAUCAGUUCACCAAUCCCAUGGGUUUGUCCUUCGAUCGACAUAGCAAUCUCUAUGUCGUCGAUGGUGGCUUCCUCGGCAAUAAUCCUGUUCAACGCUUUUCAAUUGAAUAA